UUUUACAAAAACAUGAAAAUAUUUUGAGUUUCUUUCUCUUCACUUUUGUGUCAGUAUACCUAGGUAAUGUUUGUUUUUGUAACGAUCUUCGAUAGAGUUUGCAUGUAAACUCAUAUCAUAGGUAUAGAACUAGAUUGCAAGACAAAGAUCAAGAGCACAAUAAGCUCGACCGAGUCAGAAUCAGAAUUAACGGCCAACGUCUUCUGUAAAACAACAUUCCAGCUCUCGUGGAUCAGAUUACCUUAUAACGCGUUUUUAUCAAUAUGUCAAGUCAUUGUAGUUCAAUAUGUACAUCGGCCGAUGGUCAUCUGGAUACGAAAAUCAAACUAUAUAAAGCAACGUAUAUUUGGACGAUAGAGAAUUUUAAGUUUCAUGACGGAAUUGGAAAACCUAUAACAUCAUCUUCUUUCUCCGCAUUGGACGAUGGAGAAACGAAGUGGAAACUGAAUCUUACACCUAAUAACAACUUCAAUGGAGACGAUCAUGUAUCUUUUUAUGUGAAUCUAAGCGUCGAUAGUGUUCAUAAAGAAGCAUUUGCCGAUUUGUACGUUUGCAUUUUGGAUAAAACAAUGAAAGAAACAUCGUCCUUCCAGAGAUCGCGAAAGGUACGCAAAUUUAUUGCUACAUCAUCAGCAAGUGAACCUGGAGAUAUUGGAGUUUCAGUUUGGGGGUGGUGUGAAUUUCAGAAGAAGGAUGAAAAUUUCAAGAACAAUUUGUUGGUUGAUGAUAGAUUAACGUUCAAGUGUGUGAUUAAAUACUUUAUACCUGUUGCAAAUGCAAUUGAUAACACUCUUCAUGAAUGUAAGAAGAAGAACACUCAACUUUAUCCCAAUAUUCCUGAAUGUAAUAUUUCCGAUCAAUUUGGAUUGUUAUUUGAGAAUCGUGACUUCGCUGAUGUCAUUCUCUCAAUAAAUGGUACUGAAUCCCCAGCUCACAAAUAUAUUUUAGCUGCGCGUAGUCGAGUUUUCGCUGCUAUGUUUAAACAUGACGCGAAAGAAAAUGAAGAAAAUCGCGUGAAUAUUGAUGACAUGGACGAAGAAGUUGUAACCGAAAUGCUGCGAUACAUUUACACCGGAAAAUGUGAAAGAUUAUCUGAACUAGCUUACGGUUUAUUAGCAGCGGGCGAUAAAUAUGAUUUGGACCAUUUGAAAAUGAUCAGUGCGGAAGAAUUGUACAAGAAUUUAUCGGUGGAAAAUGCAGCGAGUAUUUUGGUAUUAGCGGAUAUGCACGGCGUUCGAGAACUUAAAAAUGGAGUGAUCGAGUUCAUCAUCUCUAAACCUGUCGAAGUAUUUGGUACAGAAGGUUGGAAGAGUGUUCGAUCGAAUUUUAAUUUAGCCGAUGAAGUGACGAGCUUGGCUUUGGCCCGACAAUUGAAGCCGAAAGAUUGAAUGAAUUUUACUCUUUCCUAUUCAUGCAGUUAUGUAGUACUUAACUUACCUACAUAUGUUUAAAAUUAAGUAUGUUGUAAACAGGAAUUUUUCUAGUGAAGAGUUUUGUUCAUAUAAAAUUUUUUUCCCCAAUAAUUUAAUCUUACUUUAUUAUGUUAAUAAUUACUUAUAUUACCUAAUAUUUUUUUUCGCAUUAAUGUUUGUGAAUUUAGAACUUUGUUUGUCAUUUAUGCUAUGAAUUUUCGAAAUCAAAUGUUCCCUUGGGUGUGUUUUUCAUUAUAAUUUAAAGAAAUUAUUUACAGAUGUGUCGAAUUUUGUCCUUUAAUGAGC